AUGGAUAAGGAUAGUGAAAGAAGUGUCUCUUCUCUGUGGAGAACUUUCAGAACCGUUAAGGAAAUGGUCAGAGACAGAGGUUAUUUCAUUUCUCAAGAUGAAAUUGAACUGCCUUUGGAGGAUUUCAGAGCUAAAUAUUGUGAUUAUAUGGGUAAGCCACAACGUAAAAUGAUGUCUUUCCAAGCUAAUCCAACUGAAGAAUCUCUGGAAAAAUUUCCGGAGACUGGCUCUUUAUGGGUUGAGUUCUGUGAUGAGCCAUCUGUCGGUGUCAAGACUAUGAAGAAUUUUGUUAUACAUAUUCAAGAAAAAAAUUAUCAGACGGGUAUAUUUGUUUACCAAACUAACGUUACACCAAGUGCGAUGAAAUUGGUUCCCUCCAUCCCACCUGCUACUAUUGAAACUUUCCACGAAGCUUCUUUAGUUGUCAACAUUACACAUCACGAAUUAGUUCCAAAGCAUAUAAGAUUGAGUGAAGAAGAAAAGAAGGAUCUAUUAAAAAGAUACAGAUUAAAAGAAUCUCAACUGCCAAGAAUCCAAAGAGCUGAUCCAGUUGCAUUAUAUCUGGGGUUGAAGAGAGGUGAAGUCGUGAAGAUCAUCAGAAAGAGUGAAACUUCCGGUCGUUACGCAAGUUACAGAAUAUGUAUGUGA